CCUGUUUCUUGCAUUGCACUUCAACUUCUACUUCUUAAUUAAUACUUGGAGUCCCAAUAUUGAUCUCCACAACCCAAUCCAACGAAGAAUGUGUUGCUUCUCUCUUUGAACCCCCCAUAAAAACAAACAUGGGUUGUCUCUUCUCUGGGAACUGGUUGAAGUCAAUUAUAAGAACGAGAAAGGCGAAGAAAGAUGGAUCAAAGAAAGUAAAGGUACAUUCGGCUACAGAAAAGGCAAACGGGUCAAAGGAGAGCUCACCCACCCAUGGAGAAUCAAGUAAUCUUGCCAAUGGUGAUUUGGAGAGCAAUAUUCAUGUUGCUCCUGGAUUGUCUGCUGAAUAUAUAGCUGCUGUCAGGAUUCAAGAUGCUUUUCGGGCAUACAAGGCAAGAAAAGCAAUGCACCGUCUUAAGGGCGCCGUGAGGUUUAAUGUGCUGAUUCAUGGUCAUGACACUCAAAAGCAAGCUUCAAGCACCUUAAGCCAUAUUCAUUCAUGGAGCAACAUACAGGCACAGAUUAGAGCCCGCCGGCACCAUAUGGUCACCGAAGGCCGUAUCAAGCAAAAGAAAUUAGAAAACCAGUUGAAACUCGAGGCCAAACUUCAAGAGAUUGAGGUGGAGUGGUGCGGUGGCUCCGAUACCAUGGAGGAAAUCCUUUCCAGGAUCCAGCAAAGAGAAGAAGCAGCAGUGAAGCGUGAACGAGCCAUGGCAUAUGCCUUCUCUCAUCAGUGGAGAGCCAACCCUACCCAAUAUCUAGGCCAGGCCUAUUACAGCCUUGGCAAAGAAAACUGGGGCUGGAGCUGGAAGGAGCGCUGGAUUGCUGCUCGGCCAUGGGAGAUUAGGGUUCAUGCUGAGCUUCAUAACCUCAAGAAAGCUCAUCCAAAGCAAGAGAGCAAAACGACACUUCCAACCAAACCUGCUUUGUCAAAUGGGAAGGUGACUGCUAAAUCUAAAAUGUUGCCUAGCCCAGCUGUGGAUUGUCAAGCUGCCCAGGUUGCCAGUUCUACAGCCGGCUCGUCUCAUCUGCUGAUUCCAAGUUGACCUUCGUGAUGCUCCCUUCUUGAUCCUGUGUCUCUGUAUUGUUUAUUUUCGGGGUUGGUGUGAGAUUGGCAUGCAGCGUGUAAAAUAAACAUAUUUUUGCUUACAGUUAUUAUUAAGUAAAUUAUCUUAGUAACUAAAAAGAUUCAUCGAGCAAA